AUGGGGAGAAACUUGAAAAGGCAGUACAAGCUCCAGAAUGUUCCACAGAUACCUCGCAUUCAAGUCCCUGCCUCUGCUGCUGACAAUUCAUUACUGAAGGAUCUAAAUCAAGGGCAGCGGCGCUACUUCUACAGCAUCAUGAAGAUUUAUGACACCAGGCCACAGUGGAAGGCCCUACAGACCCGCUACAUCCACAGCCUUGGGUACUGGCAGCAGCUGGGCUAUAUCACUCAGCAGGAGGCUGUGUCUUGUGCUGCUCUACUUAGACACUCAACCACUCAAGCCUCAGCCAAGAUAGCGCCUCAAAGGGCCAUUCCUCGAAACUCUUCAGUCACACAAAGAAAAUGCCAACCAGCAAAACCAGAGUCUAGACUUGGACCCAGUUCCCAGCACAGCAAACUGAGCAUCAAGACCCAAGACCGCAUAAUCUCUAAAAUAGUCAGUUCAUCUGUGUAUUCCUGGCAUCCUAGCACUCAUCCCAAAGAAUCACCGGUCCGGUUCCAAGCCCCUGGUCUCUGCUACACCAUCGAUGCUGAGCCCUCACUGGGACUCUUCCCAGACAUCCCCCUGCCGCCCUGUGUCAUGGAGAAAUUGCAGCCCUGGGGUGGGCUCUCCAGCAUUGCUCUGGCUACUUCACCCCUUGCAACAAUGAGCAAGGUGCUGGGCCAGUUCUCCAGCUUUCAUGUGCUCAGGGGCGGUCCUUCCACACCCACACCUUCAGAGCCAGCUGUACUAUGUUAUCCAGGAGAGGUGCAAGGGGGGUUUUCCCCAGUGCUGCAGCUGGUAGGGGGCAGGUAG